AUGGCGGAUGAGACAAAGACUGGCAAGGCGGACCGCCCGAAAACCCCGGCGUUGGAGGUGCCGCCGGGAGACCGCACGUCGGGAAGAACGGUGUCUCCUGCCCGGCUUCCGACGGACCUCGCAUUAAAGGUGCAGACCCAGAUGGGCUGGAUCGCCACGCUCAGGGAGCUCACCGAAUCCCUGCCUGAUGUCCCAGCCGAGACAUCACUCGAGGAGGUCUCCCAGAUCCAGCAGCUGGUCGAGGAGACGCACAAGGCAUUUAUCAAGGAGCACGCCUACUUCGAGAUGUCAUGGCCUGCGGCACUCACUCAGCAUGAGUAUUUUGCCGAGAAUGCUCACCAGGCCGAGUCGCGAUGCUAUCUACAGGCGCGACGAGUCAUCGGCGUACUUCGCCAUGCUUUGGCACCCGCUCAGCCCGCUCAACCGACGACCAGCUCGUCGGCCGGCGAGGCCAGACAGACACUCUCACGUUUGCCGGACAUCUCACUCCCCAAAUUCACGGGGGAGUAUGCCGCAUGGCCUGCCUUCAGAGAUCUCUUCACCAGCCUGAUCAUGCAGAACGAGCAGCUCACGAACGUCGAGAGACUCCACUACCUCCGUUCGUCGGUGGAAGGCGCGCCAGCUCAGCUGAUCGCAGGAUUCAUCAUGGCAGGAGGCUCGCUCACGCCGUCCUGGGAGCUGCUCAAGGAUCGGUACGAGAACAAACGCCUGCUCAUCCAUGCCUGCCUGGACAAAUUAUUCGCCAGCUCAACCCCGGUGCCAAGGAAGGCGGCGUCCUUGGAUCGACUGGUCUCGGGAGUCAGAGAGGCGCUCAAGGGACUGGAGGCCCUCGAGGUGAUGGACAAGCUCGGAGAUUGCGCGGUGGUGUAUCACGUCACGCGACUCCUGGAUCGCGUGACACGAGAGCAGUGGGAGAACGCAGUUGGCGCCACGCAAGACUAUCCCACGUUCGAGAAGCUAGAGGAGUUUUUAACGACCAAGAGACGGGCUCUCGAGCGGAUAGAAACGACGACGGCUCAUCCGGGACCUAGCUUAGCACCCUCACCACCAAAGACGGCUCACCAGACAACCCAGCAGAGCGACUCAUCGUACCCGUGCGACUGUUGCAAUGCACAGCACUUUAUUGUGAUGUGCACUAAAUUUCGGGAGCUGUCGCCAUCAGCCCGGCACAAGGUGGCAAUUGACAAGCGCUUGUGCUUCAAUUGCCUGGGGAGGUACAGUAUGCGCGCAUGCAAGUCGCAACGAGGUUGCAAGACCUGCUCAGGGCGGCACCAUACAAUGCUGCACGGCACAAACCCACUAGCAGCACCAGCCCAGAAGACCGCCUUGGCAUUGGUCAACUCAUCUACAACGCAUCACUCAGCGCGUCUGCUCAUUGACACAGGAUCCGAGCUCACCUUCGUCACGGAGAAUCUCAUCCGGCAGCUCAACAUCCCUCGUCACUACUCAGGUAUUGUCAUCCAGGGAAUUGCAGGCAAGGAGUGUACUCGGACUCGAGGAGUCGUGUCACUCACACUACGCUCGAAGCAUUCCAGCGCAACUGCCACAGUUCGAGCUCAUGUUCUCCGGACAGUUACAUCAAUCUUGCCAUCAUUCGAGGCGGAACCAGAAGAAUGGCCGCAUCUCAGGAACUUGGCAUUAGCCGAUCCUGAUUUUCUCAUCCCGCGGCCAGUUGACAUCCUCAUCGGCGCAGACGCUUACGGGCAAAUCAUCAAGCCCAACAUCAUUCGGCAUUCUCCACUUAUGCCGAUAGCGCAGCUCUCCAUCUUCGGAUGGCUCGUUCUUGGACCAGUCAACAGAGAAGCAACACGCACAUCAACGCACCAGGCUUCUACUCAAGUCAACGAGGAUGCCCUCAACGAAUUAUUGACAAAAUUUUGGGUUCAAGAGGAGGUGCCUACUCACGAUGUCAAUCGACUCACCCCUGACGAGCAGAGGUGCGAAGAGCACUUCAAGGCUACACACUCUCGUGACUCAUCAGGAAGGUACGUCGUCAGGAUUCCACUCAAAUCACCAGCAGAUCUUCUGGGUGAUUCUUACCACGUCGCCCAUCAGUGCCUCAAGGGGCUACGCAGACGAUUCUCAAGGGAUGUGAACUAUCAACGGCUCUAUCAACAAUUCAUGAUGGAUUACGAGACGCUCAACCACAUGACGAAGGCAUCAUCCAUCUCCAGUCGUCGCUCACACUUCUACCUGCCACAUCACGGUGUUCUCAAGCCUGACAGUACUACAACGAAGCUGCGGGUCGUGUUUAAUGGCUCCAGCGCAUCCUCGUCGGGCUACUCGGUCAACGACCUCAUGUAUACGGGAGCGAAAUUGCAUCUGAACAUCUCCGAUGUUCUCCUCUGGAUACGAAGACAUCGUCACAGUUUCGCUACGGACAUCACCAAGAUGUACAGGCAGAUCAACAUUCACAAGGAUGACUGGGAGUUACAGCGGAUACUCUGGAUGGAUGAUCAACUCAAUGAAGUGCCAUAUCAUCUGACAACCGUCACCUACGGGACAAAGGCCGCGCCGUUCUUGGCCGUACGGACGCUAUUACAACUAGCAGAGGACGAAGGACAUAACUAUCCACUGGCUGUGCCAUCCAUCACUCAUGGCAGGUAUGUCGAUGACAUAUUUGGUGGUGCAGAUACAAUACAACAAUUGCAGGAGGUCGCACAUCAACUAAAGGGCCUCUGCAUGGCGGGCGGCUUCCCACUGGCAAAAUGGCAUGCUACUCAUCUCGACAUACUCAGGACUAUACUCGGACUCAAAUGGCUCCCUCAAGAAGAUACCUUUGCAUUUUCAACACGAAGCUCACGCUCGGAAGGCAGACUCACAAAACGCCUCGUCUUAUCUGAAGUGGCUCAGAUAUUCGAUCCACUUGGCUUUGCAUCACCUGUCGUGAUCAAGGCCAAAAUUCUCUUGCAGGAGCUGUGGCUGCACAAGCUCCAAUGGGAUGAUCCACUGCCAUCCCAGCUCUCAGCCCGGUGGCUCUCCAUCAGAGAAGAACUCACAAGUCUGGCCAGACUCUCAAUACCUCGGUGGCUCAAAACAUGGAGCGACUCGCAAGUGGAACUUCAUGGAUUCUCUGAUGCUUCUCAAUUGGCAAUGGCUGCAGUCAUAUACAUAUCCGUUCACGACUCAAACGGCGCCACGUUCUCACUUGUGUGCUCCAAGACUAAGGUAGCACCCCUCAAGCGGCUCUCAAUCCCGCGACUUGAACUCACAGCUGCUCUACUGCUCUCUCGACUCAUGCAAUACGUCGAAGCCACUUUGAACAUGGACGUAACGGCAACCCAUAUGUGGACGGACUCUCUAGUGACACUUUCGUGGAUCAGAUCUCAUGCAUCACGCUGGAAGGAUUUUGUCAGGAACAGGGUGGCUCAAAUUCAAGAACUCACUCCAGCUGCUCACUGGAGAUACAUACCUGGAACUUCCAACCCGGCGGAUUGCGCAUCACGAGGCCUCACGGCCACUCAACUUCAAAACCACGCACUCUGGUGGACGGGACCACCAUGGAUACUCAACUCAGACUUAUGGCCGUCACAACCAGCACUCUCUGAAGAAUUGAGUGCAACAGAAGCUCGCCCAGGCGUGUCGCUAUUGACGGCUACGCCAAGGACUGAAUAUCAAUGGGAACUCAUCUACAGGUACUCAAGCCUCACUAAACUAUUGAGGAUUACAGCUCUCUGUUUCAGAUUCAUCUCACGGUUGAGGAAAGUCCACGACUCAUUGCCUGCCAGACACAUCUCUCCAGAGACCUUGGAGAAGGCGCGGCUCUUCUGGAUUCAGGCAACUCAAGCAGCGUAUUUCUCGCACGAGCUCAAGGCAUUACAGGCAGACUCCCCAUUGGCGAAGGCGCACGCAUUCAACAGAUUGACUGCGUACAUCGACGCUCAAGGAGUCAUUCGCGUCGGCGGACGACUCGCUCACGCAGCUCUCUCACUCGACGCGAUACAUCCUGUCAUAUUGCCUCGUCACUCUCCGCUGUCGUCACUGAUCAUCGCUCACGCUCAUCAACGGACGCUACAUGGAGGCACGCAGCUUACGCUGUCGCACAUCCGAUAA